CUGGAAAAACUUAAAAAGUCCAGCCCUGCUGGCAAACAAAAAUUCGUGUCAUUUUUCGCCGACAAAUACGGCCAAAAUGAUGCGAUAACCAAAACGAGUGAAAAUAAGGCGAUUACUGACCUUGAUGAAGAAUCAAAGAUUGCCAAAUCAAAUCUUGAUGGCCUGAAAGCUUCAGUAAAACAAAGUAACUCAAAAACCAACUUUUUCACUCUUCUUGGUGGCGGAAAAACAGUUAGAACUGCCGCAACCAGGGAGUUUGAAAUUGUUUCAAAAAACGAAAAAACUAUCAUCGUACGAUUUAAAGUACCAAACACACAAAGCUAUAAAUGUCCCAUUUCCGGCUGCUUCAAACAAUCAGCGGUUGGAAUUGGAGCAGAAGCGAACAGAUACAUGGUCAAACAUGUCAAAGACCAUAAUCUAAAAAUCGAAUUCACAUUUCAGUGUGAAAUCUGCGAGGCUCUGUGUCCCGAAAGAUACAGAUACCCAACCAGAUGGAUCACUGAUCACCUCAAAACAAACCAUGGGAUUGAGGAGGGCAAGGCUACCGCCUUGUCCACCAGAGAAACCAUCGAAAAAUCAUUUAGAGAAGCAGCUCCAUCGCUCGCUCUAACAAAAAAACCAAAACAAACUCCUGAAAAGGUAGAGCUGCUCAGACCGCAAACCAGGUCUGUUACCAAACAGCUCAGCGCCUUGAAGGACUCAAAAACUGCAGCAAAACCUGCAAACCCUCGCCUCAGCGUCUCCAAAUUGACCCUGAAUCCUCUCAAACCAAUCCAGGAAGAAUCUUCCUCGAUUUCAACCAGAAACCCGAGACGGAGCCUGGCUCCUAUCUUUUCCACAAAACCUUUGAUCCGAAGUUCGCUUACCCCUUCCCUUCCUACAAACCAAGGAAUUAGGCCAGUAAGUCGACCAUCAAUCGAUAAAUCAACGCGUCCUCUUGUCUCCUCUUUGCUUGACCCCACUAAACAAACAAAGCAAGAGAAAGAGGUCAAACUACAACCAAAAAGUGUUGGCCCACUGCCAACUAGAAAAACCUCUCUUCCUCCUCUUUCCAACCUAAACAAAAAAGAAGAAAAGGGGGAAACAGAAAAACGCCGAUCUCUCCACACAAUUCAAAAAGGAGAGAAAGGUAAAAAUGAAACAAAUUCCAAAAAAGGGGAAAUUGAAAGGAACGAAAACAAACACUUAAAAGUCGAUCCUGAAAUUAUAACUCUUGAGGAAGAUAAUGAAAAACCAAAAAACAAACUCAAUAUUUGGAGUCUAACCCAUGAACAAGGAAACGAUGCAUGGCUAGAUUCCGAUAUUGUAACCAGAUACAUCGAAGAUGUGGCAAAAGAUUACCCCAGAUUUUCGGUUGUGGAUCCCCUCCUCUGGCACUAUUGUAAAGAUAGCGUCGCUGAGGGAGCAAGAUUCAUAACGGGAAUGAUGGCAGAUCAAAACACCCACAUCUUCCCCAUCUGUGAAAACUCCCAUUGGGUCUUGAUAGUAUCUACUCCAACCGGAUGGUACUACCUGGAUCCAUUUGGACCAACAAAACAAAUGCCCAAAAGAAUUGAAGAAUUUUCAAAAUUCUUGAAAGGCACCAGAUUAAACUACAAAACGAGUCCACCAAAACAGACCGACUCCUUCAAUUGUGGAGUCCAUGUCUGCCUGAUGGCAAAAACAAUAAUCACAGAUGCACCCUCGUGGUACUCUGCGCCCGACAUCUAUUUAUUUAGAUUAAACAUGCUUCUAGCACUGAAACAAUCAGAGAAGUAUGAACUCUACGAAACCAAGAUCCACAAUCAGAUCCUGGACACAACACUUCCAGAACCAGAUUAUGCUGAACUGGAUAUCACCCAAAAUGAAACCAUCAUUGAACCCAAGCAUGAAAUUCCUACCAUCGAGGAAGAAUUGCUCAAUGAAACCGCUUCAGAAGAAGAUCUCAACCAAUCUUCUGCUGAACCCCCAAAACCCCAACCCAAAAUUCCUGGUCUUAUGGACCACAUUUUGGAAAAACCAGCCUGGUUGGAGCCUGCGCCGUCUAAACGACAAGCCAAAAAAAGCCCGGUCCCAACCAGUCAAAAUCGAAAAAUCGCUUAA